ACCAUGAGGCUCCGUCCCUCUUCCUCGCACACGACCCCGCUGCAAUGGCUCCUGUUCUCCUUGUUCCUCUUCUUGGCCCUGCUACCAGCGAACGUAUCGGCUAGAUUUUGCGAAGGCUGCAGCCAGGGCUGUUGCACCCAGGGCUGCUGUCCGACGUACCAGGGUGGGCCACGCCCGCUACCGCCUUCCUCGGACUCGCACGUUCUCAAUCUGUUCUUCGCCACCCAUUGGUUCUUCUGGUGUGUGGUUGUGGCCAUUAUCUUGGCCAUCCUGUGUGCCUAUUCACUAUGGAAGAAGCGUAGGACUCUGUGUGGCUGGGGAUUCAACGAGCAUCAUACCCAAUCCGAGGGCGACUCCGCUGGUUCCUGCUAUGCACCACCGCAAUAUAGUCGCUGUAACUCGUUCCACCAUCCUCCGCCACCCUACACAGAGGUUACAUCCAAACCGGACCUGUAUCCGCUCGUCUUCACCUGCAACAGCGACUCGGGUAAUGGCAAGGGCAAUGGCAGCUCCAGUUACCUGAUGGUCCAGUACUUCCGGAACUACAUUGUCCGACCAGCCGCGGGGGGAUCUUUAAGUGCGGCCAGCACUGUGGACUCCCUGAGCUCCAGCUUCAUUUGUAAUGCGAAUGAGGCGAAUACUUUGGUGCCGCCACCAUAUUCCCGGGCAGCCAGUCCGGAGCUGGGACUGCAUCAUUAUGUGGCACAUGCCCAUGCCCAUGGGCAUGGUACUAAUCAUAUGAGAUCCAUGGAACAGGCAGCAUCACACCAGGUGCCAACAGCUCCAUUGGCUUCUGUGCACUAUGCCAUGCCGAGAUCGGCAUCCCAGUUGGUGGAAACGGAUGCCUAUCAACCGAGACUGAUGCCAGCCCAGGCCCAGCAUUAUGCCACCGUGGCACUGGGUAGUGCUCCGGGCGGUGGUGCCCUCUACAGCACUAGGUUACAUGCCUCACACGAGGAGGGAGUAGGUGUUGGAUAUCUUCAAUCCCAGAGCGAUCAGCACUUCCGGUACAUGGCGAAUAGCAGCAGUAGCCUCAGCGACAUCUUUGUGAACAACAGCUGUGUGGCAGGAAUGCUGCCAGAAAGUGGAGGAGCAGGCGGUGCCUCCCAGGGUGCGGAGAGUGGAGCAGCCACACAGGCAGCCUCACUCAAUAGCCUCGCUAUGGGUGGACUGGGAGGAUCGGUAACGGGUGGCACAGGAGCUUCGGGAGGAUCUGGCACACCGGUGAUAUAUAGCAAUGGAUGUAUACAACCCAAUCCGCUGCACAGCCUGGAGAACUGUUGCCAGCCAUCGGCUCAGGUAUCGGGAGUAAGUAGUCUAGCCAAUAUUGGGACACCGGGAUCCCCGCCACAGGCCACUAGUCCAACGGGUGAGGUGCGUGAGAUACUCGACCAGAUUCGUCAGCUUCAGGCGGGCGUUAGCUACGAACAGCUUCUGCUGAACGGAACUGGAGCCAAACCACGGCUGCAGCACACGCUAUCGACGCCCUCGAACUCCCAGCAGGUGCUGCAGCCCAUCCUAACCACAUCCGCAUCGAUUUCCGGAAGCAGCAGUGGACGAAGUAAAAAGUUCUUUACCUCCGCUGGCAGCAAAACGCAGCCGAACAAGGCAUUGUACAUACCAAUGGCGGCCAUCGGUGGAUCCGGAUCGGGUGCACAGCGCUGUGUGCUCAAGAGUCCGGUUAGCAGUGUGGUCAGUGGUGCCAGUUUCUUUGUGAAUCGAGGACGAGUGGCCCGAAAGGGUUGGAUCACCCGUUCAGCGCCUACAACUCCGGGCAGUGCUUUGCCCCCCAAUCGCCUGGGCGAUGAUAGUCCUCUGCUACUCAACGAGCACGAUGAGGAUGCCAUCGAUGAUGAUGAUGAGGACGAGGAGGAAGAACGGGAUCAGAAUGAUACUGAUACCGAAACGGAGGCGGAGGCAAGGAAUCAUCAUCGCCAGCAUCGCCAUCAUCGUGGUCAUCGCAGCCAUCGACGUGGACAACUUGAAUAAUAGUGGGCGUUGUUGUUGGAAUCGCCAGUGUCAUUUAGUAGUUGUUGUUGUAGCUCAAGGUUCUCCUUUAGAAAUAAGCUUUUAAACGAAAGUGGAGAAAAGUUUCGGAACCGGCAGCACGCUUCUUAGUCUGAGGAACCUUUAAAGAAAAGGAACAAGAGUCAGAGUUAGGAUGGUCAAGUCUAAGUUCCCUUUUGUAGCAUUAAAAAGUUCUGUAAGAUUUCUAAACAUUUUUGAAAAUGUCAUGAAAAUUGAUAUUUAAGAGUUUAUUACAUUAUUCUAUAUAAUUUUUUAUGAUUUUUAUUUUAAAGAAAAACGUUUAAAAGUCCUAAAGAUGUUCAAUUUUCAAAAAGAAAACCGCUUUCGUUAGGUCUUUUGUUUAGUUUAUCUAUUUUUUUUUAGACCGUUUAAUUUGUGAAGUGAAAAGUAAGGACAGUCGGUAGAUCGUAAGAAUAUAUAGAAUAGGCUAAAAAUGUUUUGUGAAAUUUUAAAGCGAAUGAAGGACAAGACGUUAGAGACAGAUGUUAAGCUUUAAUUUAACAUUCUCCAAGAGUUCUGACAAUAGUUCAAUAAAACUAACCAUUAUUUCAUCAAACAGUAUUACUAACCAAAACCUACCAGAAGUAUAAACAAUUACCAACUCUAAUUUCUUUUUAAAAUUGAUAAAAUACAAAUGUCUGUUUGUUGAGCUUCCGUGGGUAGAUAAACAAUUUAAAUAUACAAAAUAGCUGUCAUUAGGAUCAAAUAGUCUAGCGAAUGCGAGAAAUAUUUUGUUAAAUUUUACCAUUUGAAAAUUGUAAAAGCUGGCAAGGUUUCACAAUAUUUAAUAAUAUUGAUUUUCACAUCUUAAUGAUUUAAAAUUCUUUAAAAAACUUCUGCCUAACCAAAAAAUCAAAUGUUUUAUGUAACAUUUUCAUCUUAAAGUUGGCUUAGGAACUUUUAAGCAAAAUGACAAAAUUGCACAAAAGAUUUAAAUCGAUAUAGGGUAAAAUGAAAACCUAAAAAACCUAAGAAAACCAAAACAAAAAAAAGAGCAGAUAAAUUAAAAAGUAAAGAGAACAAGUUUUUGCCGCCUAGAUGGAGAUUUUGUAAGUAAAGAAAAAGUAGUUAUUAAGAAUUUGUUCACACACAAAAAUAGUAAUGCAAAACACAGAUACAGAUACAGAUACCAGACACGAGACACUUCAGUUCGUGAAGUCCUUCUGAGAAAGCUUAAAGAUACAGGUUGGAAAUUAUAGGCACAAGCAAGCACUAGACGGAAAAAAUCGAAAUUAAACUAAAAACUAAACACAAAAAAUUACCAAAAAAUGAGACUAAGGGGCUAAGAUCCGGGGGCUAAAAAUAUAUAAUGAAAAUAUGGAAAAGUUUGAAUGCAGCAGUGCCUUUUCAACUAUAUUAAACGACAACCAAAAGAAGCGCAAAAAUACACAAAUUUAAAUUUUAAAAUAAACAACAAAAAAUGAACAGAUGGAACCAGAAAGUAACAACAGACAGUAAACAGACACUAAAACAAACAAAACAAUACAAUCCAAUCGACAAGGCAAUAUUUAUAAAUCUGCUUAAGCAUUAGAUAUAUGAUAUAUAUAUAUAUAUAUAUAUCCCGAUAUAUAUAUAUGUGUAUGUGACAAUUACUUUAAGUGAAUUUUACAAUUCAUUGAUAUUUUUCUUAGAUGGUUUCGUUGGGUCCUUUAUUGAUCGGUUAUUCUGGCUUAUUUAAACACAAACCGAUUCGAAUAUCUGUGCUUCAUUACGUAUAACUAUAUAAUUAAAUAAUUAAUUAAUAAUUAACUAGCAUAGCGAACAAACCAAACUGAAGGCGUUCAAGGCAUAAGUCUCCAAAA